ACAGACAGACGUCUAUUUGCUACAUAUUUAUAACUUUGGGAUUUAGGUCAUUGAGAUUCCAUAAAACAAAGAGUUUGUUGCUAAGUGCAUAGGGUGAAUGUUUUAACCUGACGUGCCUUUCACUUCUGAGGUCUUUGCAGUGUUGGUAUGUGUUGGCAUGUGAUAGGUGUGCAAAAUUUGAGACUGCAACAGCUACCCAGCUCGAAUGAGGACAACAUUUGCUCAAGGCACUACAGUAGAUAAAAAGAUUGUUCUAGGAAGCAUGGCAUUCUUUGGUUUGGGGUUACGGAUGGCUUUGUUAUGUUUACCGACAGAAUAUUUAGGGAAAACUUUUGUUGUGUUGAUUUCCUGAAAGAAAGCUCCAGGAGGUUAUAACUAAUUAUUUUGUGAAUUUAUGUCAACAAGUCAGGCCAUAAAAAUGAAUAAAUCUGAAAUGGUUCUGAAAAUAAUAUGUUGCAGGAAUAUGUUGUACUUACUAUGCCACUUAGCUGGUCAUUUCAUAUUUUUGGGUUUCUUUUUUUCCCCAAGUGGUUUUACCUCCAUUGCAUCACUCUUGUGCAUGUGUCUAUAUAAAAUAACAUAUAGAUAUUAGAAGUACUGGAAAUGCAAAUACCAGAUUAAAAUGACACAGUAUUUUAAAUUUACUACUAAUGAAAGCAUGUUUUCCAGCCUAAAGAUUUCUUUCAGCAUUGUGACAUUUCAGGCCUUUAUGUGACUCAGUUUUGGACACUUGCUUCCUGAUGAACUGAGCUGCCACGAACAGGUACAGGAAAGUCAGUGGGAUUGUCUGUGGUGCAAGAUGGUCACCUAAAGCACCGCUGUCCAAGAGAAAUAUGGCAGCAGAACAUUUCUUACAGAGCAUUUAUACUCUGGAAUGUCCGUCUCUGGGUUAUUAACUUAUUCUCUAGAGUGUAAGUCCAAUUAUUUAUUGCUGCCACUGUUUUUUCCUGGUGCAUUCAUACAAUUGCAGUCAGAUGUUGACAAACACCAGCUUUCCCUUUGUACAGGUUCUUAGCAAAGUGUCUUGAAAUUGAGCAGACUACAACAUAUUUUUAUCUGCAAGUUGCCAUUUGCAAAAGCCAUUAAGGAUAAUCUUUCAAAAUAUAGGACCACGUGACACUGUUGCUGGGGCACUGGAUUGGGUUACAGGCAGAGUUUCACAGCGACUUCUCUUUGCAGUGUGGUGCAACAGAAGUGCUCCCAAACUUAACUUAAAGAUAAGUUAUCCUUGACUUAGAAAAGACAGUGCUUUCCAACAUGUCACUUACAGCCCUGGAGGGAAGAAGUGCUCUGUAUGGGAACUAUAUUUGCCACACAUUUCAGGGAGGCAGCUGGGCGGACAGAUCCCCUCUGCAUGAUGCUGCCUUCCAAGGACGCCUCCUGUCUUUGAAAACCUUGAUUGCACAGGGUUUCAAUGUGAACCUGGUAACAACAGAUCGAGUCUCAGCUCUUCAUGAAGCCUGUCUGGGUGGCCAUGUGGCCUGUGCAAAGCUGCUGCUGGAGAACGGCGCACACGUCAACGCAGUCACCAUUGAUGGGAUCACUCCUCUCUUUAAUGCCUGUUGCAGUGGCUCUGUGGCUUGUGUAAACAUGCUGCUUGAAUUUGGAGCCAAGCCACAGGUCGGGAACCACCUUGCUUCACCCAUUCAUGAGGCAGUCAAGAGAGGACACCGAGAGUGCAUGGAAGUUCUUCUGGCUCAUGGAGUUGACAUUGAUGAAGAAGACGUGCACUAUGGGACCCUGCUGUAUGUUGCUUGCAUGUACCAGAGGACAGACUGUGUCAAGAAGCUGUUGGAACUUGGAGCCAAUGUCAAUGCAGGGAAGCUACUAGACACUCCUCUCCAUGCAGCAGCAAGGAAAUCCAGUGCAGAGAUAGUUGUCUUGCUGGCAGACUAUGGUGCUAACCUGAAAUGCAGAAAUGCUGAACUCAAAUGUGCCCUGGACCUUGCCAUACCCAACAGCAAAGUGGAGCAGGCACUUCUACUUUGUGAAGGCCCUGCCAGCCUUGCCCAGCUGUGCCGAUUGUGUAUCAGAAAGCAACUGGGUCGAUCGUGCCUAUAUGCGAUCCAUAAGCUGCACCUGCCUGAGCCGCUUGAGAACUUUCUCCUACACCGAUAAGCCCGUGAUUAUCUUUGCACUGGAAAAGAAAGAGGAGCAAAUGGUUGUGUACUCCAAAAUUAUUAUAUCAAAGUAAAAAAAAUCGAAGACAUCAUUUACUGUCUACUCUGGGUACCAAACAUGGCUGCAGAUUGUGUACAUUGAAGCCAAAGGAAAACAUAUUUUCACAGACACUGAAUGGUGUGGAUACAGCUCCCCCACAGUUUAUUGCCACAUCUAUUUUUACUUAAUUGAGAAGUCAUAAUACAUGAACAACUCAAUCAAUGUGUUUGUAGAUAGACAUGCAUUCAUCCAUCCACAGAUACACACACAGGAUUUCCUUUGCAAUCAGUGUUGUCUAAUGAUUAUAGGUGAGUUUUUUUCCUUUGAUAUCUGUGCAGCUUCUUCCACUUAAUUCUAAAAAGCUCACUGUCAAAAUUAGGGCUGUUAUUCUUCCACUAGUAUGGGAAUGAAAACCUUCAGUAAUUAACGUUAGGCAUAUUUGUGUACUGCACAUCUUUUGUCCUCUUUGACUCUGCUUCCUGAGAACUUCCCAUGUUCUACUAGAGCUUCCCAUGCUCUACUAGAUUCAUAGGGACUUCCAGCAGGCUCUGGCUGUCCAGAUGUCCCCUUACCUGAGCCCAGCUGCCCUCAACACUAAUCCAUAUUCUCCUCCAAGAUGAGAGUGAUCUUACCAAAUCAGAUCUGGGGGCUUGGAGUAAGCCCACAAAAUUAUUUGUAAGUCUUAAAAAAAAACCCUUGUAUCUUCUAAAAAAAAAAAAAUAUAUAUAUAUAUAUAUAUAAAUAUAUAUUAUAUAUAUAUAUAUAUAAAUCUAUCUUAUCUGAGAUCUGGCUCUGUUUGCUAUAUGAAUAAUUUUUGUUAGCUUAAUUUGAGGAGAGAACAGCAAGCGUUUUCAUAGGCAUAUAGUAGGCCAGCUUUCAGUGUCUGUCCUUUGCAAAGCUUAAUGAAAACCUGAGACUGAGUUGCUUCUCCUCCUUUGAACACUUUGAUGUUUCUCAAGAUAUGUCCUUGGACUGUAGAGCAAGAGAGGGCAAGAGAGGGUCAGGGUCGCUAAGCAUGGUUGUGCAUCACCCAAAUCUUCUUGUUUGUUAUUACCCACUAGGAGAAUAAGUUGGCAGGGCAUCUGCUUCCUCAUCACCUACUCUAGCAUCUUUCAUCAUUGCCCUGGGAGGAGAGAAUUUUGAAGGAGAUUCUAGCUGUACUAGGAGUUUAUAUCUUGUCAGGUUUUUUAGCUUGGAUGCAGCAGAGUUAAAGCUGUAGACCUCCCCAGAUGAGAAACUUGGUAUCCAGUGACUGGUGUCUGCAUGGCUAUACAAAUAAAUGUUUAUUUUUCCUAUGGAGGCUGUUUUGAGGGCAGAAAUGUUACUGUGGACCUGAAAGUUGAUAAACUUCAACCACAAAAUGGGCAAUGGUGUAUCACUGGUACAGUAAGACAUAGAGGUUAAAGGGCAGUCUGCGUACACAUAGCCCAGCUUUGCAGGCCCAAGAGGCUGGUUCACUUUCCAGCUAAGAGUGAUUUCUUUAUGAGCUAUGCAUGCUGGUACCAGUUUUCACUGCCCCUACGUUCAAAGUCAGGGGAAAUGAGCCUUGCAAGGUAUAGUGCAGUGAACGCUUUUCCAGCAGCCACUGAGCUGCUGUCAUCACUCCAGCAGAAUCAGCCUCUGGUCCAGUGCUAACGCCUUAAUUUCACCACAUCAGUUUCCCUCCCUGAGACAGAGGACUCACCUUUCCUGUACUUUCCCAUGAAUCAUUCAGUGCAAGUAAGAUAAAUUGUGCUCCCAGCAGUUUGUGAGACUAGGCCUGCAGCGUUACAGCCAAAAACAAAUGUAGUUUUCAGCCUGUGAAAUACCCCGUGUCUGCACAUAUUGAAUGCCCUCUGACAGUGAGAGCUGUUGCCCAUAAAGUUUUCUGUGACAUGAAUGACCUUGUAUAGUACAGUAUAUCAUGGAUCUCAGAGAUUUGAACACUAAAUUCUCAAGAGCUUCUGAAAAUCAGAUGCUAUGAAGAAAGAAAUGUUAAUUUCAUAUUAAUCAGAUGUUUGUAGAUCUCUCUCAGGCUUAUCCUUGCUUCCAGCUCACCUACUCUGUUUAUAAGCUGGUAGUCAGAAUACCAUCUGCUGUCCAAAUAGAGAGACAGAGCCUCAGCUGUGUGGGUUGUCAGGCUUUUAUUGAAAUCAAGGAGUGGAGACAAUUUAUGGGAUCUAUUUCAGAACAUGUAAUACUGAAUUGAUUUCCAUCUGUGAUCAUCAGUGAAAGCAGUAUUUCACUUGCAUAAGAUUUUAAAUUGAAAAAAUGUAUCUUCAUUAAGGAGAUGCAAAGCCUACUCAGCCUCUCAGGAAGGUUUAUGUUAUGAAACAGCAGAAGCUGCCCUAUUUCAUUGCUGAUAUUAACUUCCCAUCAAAAAUUCACCUCGCCUUUGCAUCCUCCUGGAGACAUCAUUCUUCUUGAAAUUCCAUAUAUCAGAGAUUCAAGUGGAACAGAGCUUUAAUAAAUCAAGAGAGAAGUUCAGAAGUCCUCAUGUUAAGCAAUCUCAUGAAAAACUUCACCUAUACUUUUUUGUUCUUAUCAACAGCAUGGUUCAGACUAAAAAUUACCCAUCUAAUUUUCAGCGACUGUGCUUUGUGUUACAACAAAGCAUGAAAAUAUUACCAAGGAAGUAGCUGGAAGCUGUAUUUGAUUUUUAUUUUGUAAAUACGCCAUCUCGUGAGGAUAAGGAAACACUAGUUAUUGUGCUAGGAGUUUAGUAAAUCUCAUUGGUGAUUUUUCCAAAUAAGUUUGAAAAAUAUUUGUCAGCUGUUGACAGAGCUUCUUUUCCUUGGGCAGGAGACAGCUAACUAAUCAUAGAAAGACUGUUUUCUUCAAGAUGGGUGGCACCUCCAUGCCAUUCUAUGAUCAUGUACAGAAACCCAUUAUUUGGGUGAAAUACAACUUUCCUGAGAAUGCAGAAGUUUUUCUGUGUUGCAAUGUCCACUACUAUGCCACAGCUGUAAGACUUUACCCUCUCAAAACUUCCAGUAGUGUCUGCUUCAGAGAAAAGUGAAGCAGAUCUCAAUAAUUUCGCAGUAUCCUGGUUAGUGGAAAGUGUUGGUAUUUUUUUUUUUCCAAGCUACGAACAGCUAUUUUAAGUACAGACUCUUUUCAUCUUUAAAGCAGGAUCUUCAGCUAUAUAUGCUCACCAACCAUAAAUCUUUGUCCCAAGUGUAUUUGGCAGAAAUGUCUUGAAAAUGUUACUGAUGAGCAGUGUAAACCCAAAAGAUUUUCUUUGAUUGUUCCCAAUCCGUUGAUCCACUUUUCAGUUUUAUUAUCCAUGUUAUGAAAGCCAGAAAUGUGGACUCAGAAAUGUUGAUGAAAUUAAUCUCACAGAAUGAUAGAAUAUCCUGAGGUGGAAUUGACCCAUAAGGAUCAUUGAGUCCAACAGACAUCAAACUAAUUAGAAGUUGACUUCAAGCUAUCAUUCAUUACUUAGUAUUCUUGUUAUUGUGAUCCAAAACAAAACAAAGUUGAUACCAUUUUGCAUCAGCCCUAUCUUUAUUUGUAAUCCACAAUAAGCAGUCUUCAUAUCUAUGUUCUGCCUAGUAAAGGAUGCAUUUCCAUGACUCAAAGCAUUUUUACAGUCCUUUUUGUCUUUACUGUAUCUUUUCUCACACCACUAAGCUCUUGUUCAUAAGCGUAUCUUUCCUCAUCAACUUCAUUCUGAAUUCAUAUAUUUGUUUUCUGGCUCUAAGAAUAUGACUUUUAUUUCCUCCUUGAGCAGUAUACCUCUUCAACAGCAGCCAUUUUAGUGAUCCUGUCUCACUG